AUGGCGCUGGUUAGCCUUACUGGUAUUCUCUUUCUUAUCGCGACAUGGUUCGCCAUCACCAUCUACCGCCACAGUCGGCAACAUACUACCAAUAUCCCAGGUCCCCGACAAGUGCCCAUAUUAGGGAACGCUCACCAACUCGGUCGCAAUCCGCAUCGCCAAAUACAGCAGUGGGCUAAACAGUUUGGUGAUAUUUUCACCAUCAGGCUUGGCUGGGAAACAUGGGUCUUCAUCAAUGACCCUACAGAUAUUCGUGAAGUUUUCGACAAGCAGUCAGCCAUCACCUCAGGCAGAAUGCCACAGCCAGUAGUGUCGGGUAUUCUUUCAGGCGAUAAUCGACUGCUACUUUUAUCAUACGGGGAAAAGUGGCGCAGGAUGAGAGCCAUUGUUCAUAAGUCGCUUACACCUAAAGCUUCGGCCUCUUACAAGCCUGGUCAGGAAUUUGAAGCAAAGCAGUUGAUACACGACAUAGCCACGGACAACGAAAAUCAGAAAAGCUUCUAUAUGCAUGUCCGGCGAUACACAACAUCGGUCGUAUUGCUCAGCACAUACGGUCUUCGUGUACCAUCUUGGGACUGUGACGAUAUCCGAGAGGUCUACCAAGUUCUCAACGACUUUUCACAAGCUGCUCAACCAGGCGCCUACCUUGCCGACACGUUUCCACCACUCGACAAACUACCCAAAGCCCUCCAGUGGUGGCGUCCUAGUGCAGAAGCCGCAUUCGAAAGGCAGAAAACGACGUGGAUGCGAUACUGGAAUAGGCUGCAGACUCUUCUGAAAGAGAAUCGGGCUCCUGAGUGCUUUGUCAAGCAACUUGCGGAGUCAAACAUUGAGAAGCAAGGCAUUUCAGAAGUUGAGGCGGGUUUCGCUGCGGGAUCUAUGAUUGAGGCUGGCUCUGAAACGACAUCGUCAGCUCUUAAUAGCGCGAUCCUAUAUCUUUCAGCCUACCCUGAAGUUCAAGAACGAGCGAGCGAGGAGAUAACCAAGGUCGUCGGCGACCAGAGAUCACCCACUUUCGAAGAUGAAGAUGAUUUACCUUAUAUUCGUGCUCUCGGUAAAGAGAUUUUACGUAUAAGACCCGUCACAACGAUCGGAACGCCACACUAUACAACAGCCGACAUCGAUUACAAGGGCUACCACAUCCCAAAGAACACGGUCGUGUGCAUGAGCCAGUACGUGCUGCACUUUGAUAACAGGCGCUGGAAGGAUGGAGGCGAAGCAUUUGACCCAUCUCGCUACCUGAGCUACCCACACAAAGCAGGAGUAUACGCUGCAUCUCGCGACGGCAAAAAUCGCGACCACUUUGACUUUGGCGCUGGACGUCGUAUCUGUCCUGGUAUGCAUCUGGCUGAGAACAGUCUCUUCAUCACGCUGGCCAAGAUUUUGUGGGCAUUCCGCAUAGAGCCUGGCAUUGGGCCCGAUGGAGAUCUGCUGUCUCCGGAUCUAUCCGACGAUGCCUACGAAGCCGGCAUCAAUACCCUACCAAAGCCGUUCCAAGCUCGAUUCGUGGCGCGGAAUGAGACGCGGGCCCGGGUUUUACGCGAGGAGUGGGCAAAGGCGGAAAAAGAGGGAUUUAUGCUGGGUGACGUAAAGGUGGACAGUGAGGGAGUGGUUGUGGAUAAUUGA